AUGACCUGCGCGCUGGUGAGCGCGCUGCUGGCAGUGGAGUGCACGCGGGCCCGGGAAUUCACGGGCGGGGCCCGGCGCAAUCAUCUGCGGCCAAUCGAGACGCCCGAGAGGGGCCAGGAGCUCCACGAGCACCAUGUCACGCGCGGGCACCCGGUGACGCACUCGAGGUGGGGCGCGAACGGGCGUGCCCAGUGGUGGAAGCGCGGCGCUUGCGAGCCGCGCUUAGGACGUCGCCCCACGGGCGCUCAGUCGGCCGAGUUCCGCGGCGGAUUUCCGCGAGGCAACGAGGACCUCGAGAGCCUUGGGCCACGGGCGCAGGGCGACAGAGCUGAAUGCGAGGCAGAGGGCGUCGCGCGCGACGCCGCGGCGGGG